AUGUUUUUUACGCUUGUAUUUCAAACUAAACAUACCAUCAAAAAAAAAAAACCGUGUAUUCCCAGAACACCUCCUAGUAAUUUACCUGGAAGUAGAAAUCCUAUAUUGGAGCACACUUUACACAUUCAACAAGCAUUACAUAAAGCCAAAGGUCAUUUAUUUUGGGGUUGCAUCAAUGUGAUUGUCUUGUCUUUAUUCCUGUAUGAUAUAUUUACUACAACUCAGGAUUAUAAAAAAUCAAGUUAUUUACCUUAUCAAGUGAAAGUUAUAUUAGCCGGAGUAUUUGCCAUAAAUUCAUUUUUUCAUUUUGUAAAAUAUAUUUUUUACACAAACAAUUUACAACCUGUUUCUUUGUCACCAAAGCAAAAAAAAUUACUGGGUGUAAAAUCAAAUGAUCCAUAUUUUAAAACCAUUUCCAAUGAAAAUGCACCUUGUGCUGAUUCUUCAAGUUUUAUGUCAGAGGUUGAUUUUAAUUCGAGCUCACCUGGAAACAUAACUCCGCCAACGUUAAUGUUUCCAUCUUUAUUAAAUGAAUCUGUUUCUCCUGUUCACAAUUAUUCUUGUCCAUCUUGGGUUCACCAUAAAAAAGCCUCUUCUCCAAAUUCCCUAAAACCUGCCUUAUAUCCUGUGCCAGCAUCAAAUGAUUUUAUUUCAGGAGAACACACUUUAAACAGGUAUAUUCACGACUUUGAGGAAAAUGAAAAAAAAGCAUGUGUGAGUAUGAGUAUAGAAGAAACUUCUAAUUCAUUUAGUUUUUGGUCUAAUUCCAAUAUGAGAAAUCUAAGUGAAGUUUCUCCUCUUCUUCGCAGAUGCACAUAUCAGUUGUCUUCGAUUACUCCAGGUACAAAAAUAAAAUUGAAAAAUUUUAAAGAAAAAUCACCAAAUAAUCAAUGUUCCAGUACGGAAGAAAGCGGAUCUCCAUCUGGUGUUCAGUUAAAUCAAGAAAUUUGGAGACGCUUUAAAGUUGACCCGAUAAAAUUGGUGCAAUGGAAUGCUAACCUGAGAAUGUGGAUAUCGCAAACAGUUCUUCAAAGAUUGGUGAAUGAAUUUGAUAAAGUAGAUGAAUCUUUUCAAAAAUGUGGACUAUCAGAUAUGCGACUUGGUCUUGUCGGUUUAGAAAGACUUAAAAAAACUGCUAAUAUUCCUCAAAUUUCCUCUAGCAUACCAUCUCUUCCUCGUUUGGUUCACUUUUUAGAAAUUACUCCUCAUCAAGAAUAUUUGGUUGCUCGAAUUAGAGAACUCGCUAAAGGUGGAAGCAUAUCUGAGUAUCGGUGGGAUAGCGGAGGAACAUUAAAUGGAAAAAAUUGGGAAGAACAUUUACCAACUGACGCAGCAGUUAUUAUGCACCUCAUUGCUACUUAUUUAGAUUCUCAAAUAUUGUUUUUUCCUCAUCAUACAGACGGUCGACCUUUUACAACGAAUCAUUUUAUAAGGAGUCCCGAAAAGCCUAAAAUUCAAAAUGCUUUAGUAAUUUAUCAAGUUCAAUUAAAUCCGCCUCAUUUUGUAUUAUUGGAAAAUAACGAUCGCUUAGAAAUGGCCAAGGGACGAAACAAUCUCUUUCAUACCUUUCUCUUGUUUCUUCAUAUUUUGAAGACAAAAGAACAUGGAAUGCUGGAUAGAGUUAAUUUGGGAUCAUCCGGUGUUAAUAUUUUGUGGGUGGUGGACGAUUAG